AUGGCCGACAAGCAGCAACCCUCUUUGACCAGUCUGGCUGAGUCCAUCUCUCAAACCGCGAAUGCCCUCGCGGCAACGCUUGAGAAAGGCGGGCAUGCCGCUCCUUCCUUUGCCUUGGAUAGUCUUGCAGAGUAUCCAAAGUCUCCAGAAGUCAUGGGUCUUCGUAUGGUGUUGCUCGAUGCCAUCAACGAUAUUCACCGUCUUACGCUAGGCCCGACUGACGUAUCUUUCAUGACUCCUCUCUUCAUGAACUACGAUUCAGCCACCAUGGACAUCCUCAACGAGUUUGACUUUUGGAACGCUGUGCCAUUGGAUGGGUCGGCAACACGUGCAGAGAUCGCCGCCAAGGUCGGCCUUCCAGAGAGUCUUGUUCGCCGUGUUCUCAAAUACGCCAUCUCUAUCCGGUUCUUCGCUGUGGACCCCAACGCACCAGACAAGAUCGUGCACACAUCUCUCUCUGCUCUCCCCGUCAAGAAUCCCUUGAUGAAGUCUUGGCUUCGACACCACUUCCACGAGGCCAGACCCGGUACUGUCCACAUGCCUGAAGCAUUCCGAAAGUACGGCUCUGGAAAGGAAACCUGGAGUGAGGAGCCGCUGGAGAGCAGCUUCGCUGUGGCCAACGUUGACAGACUGGACAAGCCCGAGUCGUUCUGGGAUUACUUGAAUCGCGAUGUUGAGGGCAAGCCCAAGGGAUGGCGUGCUACCAAGUUUGCUGAGAGUAUGCAAGCUGCUGCCUCUGCGUCUUCUAUCAAGAUUGAGGAUCUCUUGAGCACGGGAUAUGACUGGGCACAGCUCGGCCAAGCUACCGUUGUUGAUAUUGGCGGUUCCAGUGGCCAUGAUGCCGGCCAUCUGGCCAAGACUUUCCCAGACUUGAAGUUUGUUGUUCAAGACCUUCCUGAAGUCAAGGCCGCUUUCGACGAGCGACUGCCCGAAGAGCUCAAGUCUCGGGUCACCUUUGAAGCGCGAGACUUCUUCACUCCUCAGCACACCAAGGGUCAAGUGUACAUGCUCAAGACGAUCCUGCAUGACUGGCCCGACAAGUACGCUGCCAAUAUCCUCACACCUCUGGUCCCACACCUGGAAUCCAGUUCUCGUAUUCUUCUAGUCGAGGUCGUGGCUCCACCAGACACUGGUGCUCUUCCCUUCAUGACUCUUGGCCGCAUGAUGAAUGCGGCUGACCUUCAUAUGCUGAAUUCGUUCAACUCCUUGGAGCGUAGCCUGGAGGACUGGAAGAGUCUGCUGGCCAAGGUCGACAAGAGGCUGGAGAUUACUUCUGUUUCAAAUGUGCCUGGAGCGUUGCACCAGUUUAUUGAGAUCAAGCUUCAGAAUUAG